AUGGUGCUGAAACGAUCGUUUUCGACUCGACUACGGUCGAAGUUUGUCAAACUGAAAAAAAGUACAGAUGAUCCCUCCGUUCCUUCAAAUGAUCCCCUUGAUCUUUGCCCCAGAGUGAGUUCGAUCGCCACCAAAUCAAACGGUGACCAAAAUUUGCCAUCACGCAUUCAAACAGAGUCCAACUCUCAACGCUCCUCAGUGUCAAAAGAUGUGGUAUUGCUGCCAUACGAUCCUGAAGAUCAAAACUCAUUGCCUUGCAGUACAGAACAACUUACCCCAAUUAUGCCCCGCUCAAGUUCGGAGUUGCUUUUAUUUCCUCUACAGUCAUCGCCUGUCAGGCACUCGUGCCAAAGAUCAGUUAAUCAGAAUAUGGGAAGUUUCAAUUCCGCCAAUACCCCAACGGUAUCCAUAUUAUCACCUACUAUAGAUUUAUUCGAUUCGGCCAUCUCAAAAACGGAAUCUAACUGCUCCUUGCCUUUGACCGAGCCUCCACCCUCUCCACAUAUAAACAACGAUAAGUCCAUUUUUGCAAAGGCAAAUCAGAUUGAUCAUUUCGACAAAACACUCGACAUGACUGAAAAUGACAAACUGGCUGAACAGAUGGCCUUAAAUAUCUUAGACAAGAUUUCAGAAGAGCAAGUUGAUGAACUUGCUUUGUUAAAGGACGAAGUGAUUCGUCCGCCUCGUCAUUCCACUUUCACGGCAAUCAACCAUGUUGAAGAUGAAGAGGAUAUUGAGGAGCACUCCCGGGAGCUACAGAUUGAGCUUGGGUUCAAAUUAUUCGAAGAGGCUCUAAAUGCUCAAAAGCAAGGUAAUUAUGACGAGGCCAAUGCUAAGUACCAGGAACUUUUUGGUAUGGAAGUUUUGACUACCAGAAAUCCAACAAAUAAUCCCGCUAUUGAAACACUCAAAUACCUUUGCCUCCGCAAUCGUGGUGUUUUGAAGCUCGCGCAAAUUAAAAAGGGACUCGAUGGUGACGAUCAGUCGAAUAUCCUUGAACUUUUCAAGGAUGCUGUUGAUGACUUGGCCUCAGCUCUGUGUCAUGGUAAAGGCGAUCUGAAACUGAUAGAGCUUUUAAUUCAGAUUUUCAAGCGUUUGAAGACCAAGAAGCUGAGCCGAUUUGCAUACGAGUACGAAUUGCUCAAGAAUGAACACGCUGCCCCUACACAACAGCAUGCUGGUUCUGCAAACACUGAAGAAGACGACAUCCAGUACGAUUUGAGCCGUCCUGGCCAUUUGCUACCUAAUCAACUCAGCCUUCUGCGCGGUUACAAAGAAUUUCUCGAGGAAAUGGGCGUUGAGUCCGCUUCUUCUCAACUGCUGGUACAUAUUGAAAACAGAGCUUCUCCACGCAAACAGGUUGCCAUGGAUGUUUUCCCGACCGCCGAGCAGUUCAAAGCCUUCAAUCAAGAGGAGCCAGAUUGGUAUUCUGUCACCCUGCCCUGUCGCGGUAAUUCGGUAGCAUUAGAUGAGCUCUUGAGGAAACUUAACGAGCUCUUACCCAAAAAGGGACGAUCAAAAAUAUAUGAUAGCUAUAUUCUUACUGAGCGUCCCAUUGAGGGGGUUAAUUUCGAGCUGGUGGAGACAAGGGACAAUCAUGAAGAAUUGGAACCUAGAGCAGAGGACGAUACAGAAGAGAAUGAGGUGGUAGGUGUGCCUGACGAUGAAGAUAUAGGCUCACCGUACAGGCUAAGCUUACCUCCUGCUGAAAAUUCACAGCAAGAAAAAGAGGACAUAAAAGAAACACAUCAGAAGGGGGCAAUUCCUGGUGCUAAUCCUCCUGUAACGAAGCGACAAACAAGAGCUAAUAAGGAGGCUGAAGUGAGCGAGCUUAGUAACGAAACUUUUGAAUCACAAUUCUUGUUUCUGGAACAGACUUUACCACAAUACUUGCUGUAUUGUGGUGUCAUUGUGGAUGGAUCAGGCAAAUUAACGGAGGCAUUUCUUCCUAAUGCCCAGUCACAAAGUGAUCUCCAAGAACACUAUGAUUUAGCUCAUAUAUUCAACCAGUGGAGUAAAGAGGACACAGAAACACUUUUUGUGAAACUCGAAGAUGGCCAUAGCAAUGAAGAGAGCAAAGAAGCUUCAGUGAAAGAAAUCCUCAGUUCGCUGAGCAAAGAAACGCUAGAGGAGAGAAGAUCAUUUCAGGAGUUAGAUGAUGGCGGGUUGAAAAAUGUGAUAUUAUCUAUGACCGGGACUCGCUUGCAGUUCAAUCAGAUCCGACUAUCAAUACUGGAUUAUUUAUUCUCAGUCAGGGAGUUGGGGGGGACACUUGUUACAGACGGGUUUGUGAGUGCAGAUUCCUUGAAGCAGCUGCGUUUGUUCACCGAUGCUGUUGGUUUGUAUGUUUAUCGACAAUUGAGCAACAGUCUGUUGGAAGAUGGGCCAACGGAUGUCAGAGGUUUGUCAUUUGGUGUUUCAACUCUUGAAAUUCUGGUCGACUAUUUCGUAUCUUUGAAAGUGGAUCGAAAACUCAAAAAGUUUGGAACUAAAGCGUUAUAUAACGAAAUAGUCCAGACAGAACAGAUUACAUCACGAAGGAUUGAGCGCUGGAUUGCGAUCCUGAAUGAUUACUUUGAGAACAUGGAUAUGAAUACUGUAUGCUCGCAGCUAUGGCUCAGAACAAAAUGGUGUCAAAUGUGCUUUCUGCAACACCUUUCCACUUUUGACUCUGAAGUGCUGUCCACGAUUUUGACCACCAUGGCCAACACUUCCAAAUCUGUACACUUUGACGUUUUGAUGGUCAACUUCCCCAAUGUCCCACGAUUGAAUAGGUUGAACAUAGAAGUCCAGCUUUCAAAAAUGAAAAUAUUCAAAACUUUUACUGAAAGUGAUGCUUCCAAUGAAAUUCUUGAAAGGAUCCUAGUUGAUGACGAUGAAAGAAAGUCUACAUAUAAUGAGGAGGAAAAAGAGAUGGAUGACUUCAUCAGCAGAUCACCCUUCGAGCUCAAGAUGCGUUUAUGGAGUAUGCUUUUCAGAUUUUAUCGUGAAGCAAAGCUUACGGACAAAUUUUUGCGAGGUUUUGAACGAGUGCUACAGAUAAUGCUGAUGGAAGUCGAGGGAGAAAACUUCACCGAAAAGACAUACUUCCAACGCAAGCAAUUGCUGCUUAAGAUACUCGGGUUUUUCGAUCUAUUUGCAAAGGAUCUUGUCAACAUCGGGGUCGAAAAACGAUGGGAUUUGCAACUGUCCAACACAAAGAACGUUCUUCAUAUAUUGGCAAAGUUUUCAAGACUCGCUUAUAUCUUCCUGCUCCACGAAGAUAGUGCGCAGCUUUCUAAUACUCGGAUUUCAAUCAGGACAAAAUCCAAAAUGGCUUACAAGAAGCUAGCGGAUAUUGCUGUUGUCAGCUUCACACUCCUUGGCCUCUACUAUUCCAGCAGUUUGAUAGAUCGAAAACCGGAGUACCUCAAUGACUUCUACGCCAUAUUGCACGAACAACUCGGGCUUCGUCAUAUAUGCAAUGGAUACAAUAGCGUGUUCCUGGACUUUGUUGAGAAGAGGCUGGUGGAUCUGGAUUGGGAGCAAUCUGAUAACGACUUUUUCCAGACCUUAAAAUGUCAUUACGGAAUCAAUAUAUCGACCGAUAGUUUCAGCACUUUCGAUCACGGAGCCGAGCCAGGGACGAUGGAAAGGGUCAAUGCAAUUACAGUUAACAAAUACAUGAUGAAAUAUUGCUACAAGCGCAAGCAUCCGAUUUUCAAUGUUCCCAAGGCAGACAUCAAAAAUGUUCUAGACAUGAUCUAUGAUGUUCUAGGAGAUCCUGAGCCGGACAACUACUCUGUCUCAAACAAUAUGGAGACUUUAACAGAGUACCUAGAGACCAGGUCUUUGGACACGCGUCUAAUGAGAUUGUCGUUUUAUGGUUUGUUGUCCAUUCCUUUCGAGGAGCCAUUAGUUGAGAAUGAAACAGAUAAUUUAGCAGAUGGGGUUUAUUUCAUGCAGGGAUUACUUGCCUUGACGUUAUUCAAAAUUCGCAAAAGGACCAUGCAAGGACGCUCGGCUGAGCUCGACUUUGUCAUUAAAAUGUUUGAGUAUGACAUUGCAUCUGGCUCAUACAGGUUUGAGUCGUGGCUUCUCUUAGCACAAGCCUAUUCUUAUCUGGUGGAAGAUGAUAUCAUCUGGACUUCUGACAAGCUCAACAACGUGGAUAAGAAACGCAACACCGCUAUGUUGCAACGCAAGUCGUUGCUCUGCUACUUCAUGUCAAUCAGUUUGUUCACGGGACUCAGUACUGAGAGGCAGAAGGAACUCACUCCGGUUGCUACAAUGUUAUGGACCUCUCUGGGGAAAGAACUGUAUAAUGCUAUGAUGAGUCCUAUGGAAAGGCUGGCAUUGAACGUUGAUUCUGAUACCGAAACAAAUCACAUUGAAAACUCGAGCACAUUGUCACCUAUUCUUCAUCUACCUCUCAAUGUCACAGUGUACAGAGUCUUGGAAAUCUGUUUUCGUCAGGCUUGUAAUUUGAACCCGAAAGAUUGGUACAGCCAUUUUUAUCUCGCAAAGUCGCAAUCCAAACUUAGAGGAAAGAAUCGCUACAAAGUUGUUACCAAGAGUCUGCUUUCAGCCUGCGAUCUUGCUUUAAAGGCAAGCGACCGUGAUGAUCAUAUUGUUGAGCCUCAUUAUUUUCUAUGCUCUUUGACCUACAAGUCAGUAAUGCAUGGGGACGUAUCUCUCGAGGAGGGACUAAACGUUCUAAAAAGCGAUUCCCUGUUCCAGGAGUGCUUAUGUGAAGCAUCAAAUUUGGACCAGUUUGGCAAAAUGAUAAUAGGUCUUCUUCAAAGAUGCAUAUCCUACGAUAGGAAGAAUUGGCAGCAUAGGCCUAAGUAUCGCAUCGCCAGGAUCUACAUUGAUCAAUAUAAUGACCUGGAGGCCGCCAAAAAUGAAAUGCUCUCUAUUAUCAAUCUUAAGUCUACAGUGCGAAAUCUCAGCAAUAUAUGGAAGCCGGAAAAUGAGCGACCUGGAAAGCAUUUUGUCUACAAUUACAGCUACAUUGUCUUUUUCGUUGAGCUUUUGGAUCGCUCAAAGGACGUUCACUCUUUAUUCCAGCUUAUCAAAAAAUUGAGGAAAUUGGGCUCGAGCAUGAUUGACCAGAUCAAGGUUUUUGACCUUGCAGUUGCAAAGACAUGCGCUAUCAUCAAAGAGGUGGUGAAUGUUGUGCCAGGAUUUCUGGACGAUGUAUUGUCAAAGCUUGUGUAUGCUGAUUUUGUGGCAAAGAGCAAAGAAUUUGUGCAAAUGAUGAAAGAAAAGGAAAGCUUCACAGAUGAAGAGAAGCUGAUUUUGUACUUUUUAUUUGAAGUUGGAGAGUUUAGACGCAUGGCCAAUGGAUUUGCUGCAACAGGUGUGAUAGAUGAAUGUUUCCAUACCUUAUUUCUGAUACUUUUCACACGCUUUGAGGAUUGCGCUACCAAAACCUUUAGUCCCGAGCAUGAAAAAUCCUCGCAGGUUGAAUUCGUGGGAGGUAAAAGCAAGCCCGGCCAGCCCUCGACCCCUAAUCGUGAAAAAACCAAGGUGGCAAGAAGAGAUAUCACUCCCUUUUGUAUUCAGACGAUUAGUGCUGUGAGCAAGCUACUGGAUUCAAUUAAGCGAGAACAUGGCGAGGGAAAUUUGCUUAGUUAUACAAUAGACGAUAAGAUCAAGAGUCCAGAAACAAAUAAAAUUUCAAGCAACCCUCAUGGCGACGCAAGCGAAAAGACCACCCGGACUCCCACAACGAACUACCAAGAAUUGAAAUUAGAGCCAGCAAUCGAAUUCAGCGGAAAGCGAGCAUCAGACAAUGAAGAUUCGACUCAGCAAGCCAAAAAACCAAAACUCGAUGACGGAACUCAAUGA